GCAUUAAUCAUGAGUUCAUCUCACCUCAAAACGACAAAUUUGUUCUCCUCGGUAGCAAAGGUUUUGGACUCAGAGACAACCUUGAAACAAUCCGAGAUUUCAUUGACCGUCGGAGGAACAUGUCUCCGGAACAUCAGUUGCAUGCUGUUUGGCUCUGCCUUCAGACACCCCGUACAGGCGGACGUUUGCUAGACACGAGAACGAAGAAAUUUCUGACAUUGAAACGUAGUGGAAUACUUGGAAACGUUCCCGUCAUUGUCGUUCUUACUAAAUACGAUAGGCUCGUCAAUCAGAUACAGCAAACUCUAGAUAAAACCUCCCUCGAAGGAUUGAGCAAUGAAGCGAUCAAGGAACUCGCAAAGAAGAAUGCAGAAGCCGAGCUGCAGAAUAUCUGCAUCAGACCUCUAGAGAAAUUUGCAGGGUCUAAUAUUCCCCACGCUGCGAUCUCUAUCAACGAAGACUAUAAGAAGACACUCACCCACCUGAUUCAGAUAACCGAAAACUGUGUCAGUCAGCAUUCUGCGUCCGAAGCUACAGUGAUGACCUCCAUCCGAGUCGCUCAACGAGUGGAUCCUGGACUCAAAAUAAAGGCAUCAUUCGAAAUUGCCAAGAAAAAAUACCGGAAGACGUUUUCAUGUUGUUGCACAAUAUUCAAGAAGCACAAGAUGUGGGAUUUUCUACAUAUGCUUCAUACUGACAUCGUCAAUGUGUGGAAUUUCUAUGACCUUCACCAUCACUUGAACAGCCAAAAGUUCAGGGAAUCGAUAAUAAAAAUGGUCGAAGUUGAACCUGCCCAAGGACAUCGACACUUCUUCAGCCACGCACCAGUGAUUCAGCACUUCAUGUCCUACAUCGUCCACUUAACGCUUGUGUCGCAGACACUUUAUUUCGUGUCGGGAGGCCAGCAAAUCACCUGUAGGGCCAUCAAGCUCGCAGUCUCUUCCUACCUCACCUCCACAAUGAGAGCAGAGGCUCAGACUUGGAUUCAGGCUUGUGAUAGGCAAUUGACCAUCUUGGACCAUGUGGAUCGGGAUAGAAUCGUUGAGGUGAUACGAUCUUAUAGUAUCAAUGCAACACAAAGGGUCGAACGUCGGGAAAACAUUCACCUGAGUGCCCCCAUUAAUACACCUGCUACCGUAUUUCACCCUACUAUGAAUUACACUAUUACUAUGAACUACCCUACUACCCAAUGGUUUACACGUCAGGGUUAACAAUAUUUAGGAGCAUGUCAUACCAAAUGCGAGAAAGAUAUUUGAAAUUUAAA